GUUAAAGGGCGGAACGUAACACCGUCAAAAACUGCGCUCUGUCAAACCUCCGAAACAAGCGAGCAUCCUUCAGUUCUUGGUGGGUUUCUUGUCCACGGAGCCGCUCCGCCUCGCCAUGCUGCUGUGCCGGGGUUCGGCACUAAGCCGGACGGUGGCGAGAUUGGGACGGAGGUCACACCCGGGAGACGGCCUCCUCCACCGGACUCUCUCCUUCAGCUCGAGCCGCUGUCGGUGUCUAAGUUCAGGCGAGGUCAGAGCAGAGAGCGGCUCUGCUCCGGCACUGUACCGAGACACGGUGCUCCUCCCACGGUCUGAGUUCCCGAUGAAACUCACCGGACAGAAGCUACUGGAGCGAGAAGUCCAGACACAGCAGGAUUGUGGAUUUGCAGAUCUGUACUCCUGGCAGAGGGAGCGGAAGGCCAAGAAGGAGUUUUGUUUACAUGACGGCCCUCCUUAUGCCAACGGAGACCCGCAUGUAGGACAUGCACUCAACAAGAUCCUGAAAGAUAUCCGGAACCGCUUUGAGAUGCUGAGGGGCCGGCAGAUCCACUUCCUCCCGGGCUGGGACUGCCAUGGGCUGCCCAUCGAGCUGAAGGCUCUGGGGGAGCUGGGGACCAGCGGCCUCAGCCCCCUGCAGAUCCGACAGAAAGCGCGGGAGUUUGCACAGGGGGCCAUAGCUCGUCAGAAGGCUGCCUUCCAGCGCUGGGGCUUGAUGGCUGACUGGGACCAGUGCUACUACACGUACGAUGGCGCCUAUGAGGCCGCUGAGCUGAAAGUAUUCCAAGAGAUGCACAGCAAGGGGCUCAUCUACCAGGACUACAAACCAGUCUUCUGGUCCCCUUCAUCGAGGACGGCCCUGGCAGAGGCAGAGUUGGAGUACAACCCCGAGCAUGUUAGCAGAGCCAUCUAUGCCACGUUCCCCCUGAGCACACUGCCACCCGGGAUGGCCCCAGAUGGAUUGGAGGGUGGUGUCUCUGUGUUGGUGUGGACCACCCAGCCCUGGACCAUUCCUGCUAACCAGGCCGUCUGCUACAUGCCCAACGCCCAGUACUCGGUGGUGAACAGGGCGGACAACUCUCAGCUGCUGUUGGUGGCCACUGAGCGCACAGCCAGCGUGGCAGCACUGCUGGGCACAGAGCUGGAGACCGUAGGCACCUUCACAGGCUCCCAACUUGGGGGUGGUAUAUGCACACAUCCCACAAUUCCCGACAAGCUGGUGCCGCUAUUGCCGGCCAAUCAUGUGACCAUGGCAAAAGGAACGGGAUUGGUCCACACGGCGCCUGCUCACGGCAUGGAGGAUUACAGUGUGGCCUCUCACUUUAAGCUCUCCGUGGAGUGUAUCGUUGAUGAGGACGGCAAGUUCACCCAACUGGCCGGCCCUGAGCUACAGAACCUGCCUGUGAUGAAGGAAGGCACUGACCGAGUGAUCUCCAUGCUGGAGGACGCCGGCGCUCUGGUGAAGGAGGAGCAGUGCGUCCACAGUUACCCGUACGACUGGAGGACGAAGCAGCCUGUCGUCAUCCGGCCCAGUAAGCAGUGGUUCAUCAACACGGCGUCCCUCAAAGACAAGGCCAAGGAGGCCCUGCAGAAGGUGCGUGUUUUGCCAGAGUCAGCGAGGGGCAGCCUGCUGAGCAUGCUGGACAGACGGACAUACUGGUGCAUCUCCAGACAGCGAAGUUGGGGUGUCCCCAUCCCCGUCUUCUACCACAGAGAGACCGGAGAGGCUCUUAUCAACAAACACAUCGUGUCCCACAUAGCAACGCUUUUCAAAGAAAAGGGCAGUGACUGUUGGUGGCAGCUUCCUAUUGAAACUUUGCUGCCAGACAAUGUGCUGAAGAAGAGUGACGCAGGCCCAGUGACUGACUACGUUCGUGGAGAAGACGUAUUGGACAUCUGGUUUGACAGCGGAGCGUCAUGGGCUGCUGUACUGGAAGAGGAGACGGAGGGAGAGACGGCGGAGUCCCCUCUCAGCUGGCUCCCUGCUCCGCUCCGCAAACCUCUGGUCGCAGAGUCGGACACCAGGGCGGAUGCGUAUGUGGAAGGGAAGGACCAGAUCGGAGGCUGGUUCCAGUCCUCGCUGCUCACCAGCGUGGCCGUCAGGAACAAGGCCCCGUACAAGUCUCUGAUGGUCCACGGCUUCGCGGUCAGUGAGAAAGGAGAGAAGAUGUCCAAGUCUCUGGGCAACGUUGUGGAUCCUGAUGUAGUCAUUAAUGGAGGGAAGGAGCCCAGUACACCAGCCUACGGGGCGGAUGUGCUGCGGUGGUGGGUGGCGGAGUCCAACAUCUUCUCUGAGGUUCAGAUCGGACCUUCUGCCCUGAACUCGGCCAGAGACAGCAUCGGAAAGCUGAGGAACACUCUGAAGUUCCUGCUGGGCAACCUGCAGGGCUUCGACCCACGUACGCAGGCUGUGGACCCCAAACAGAUGCACUACAUCGACCAGUACAUGCUGCACCAGCUCCGCGAGUACAGCAUCAAGGUGACCGACGCCUACAGUGAGUACGAUGCUGGCCGAGCCAUCCGUGUCCUCCAAGCCUUCAUCAACAGAGAGCUCUCCAGCUUCUAUUUCAGCAUCAUCAAAGACAGGUUGUACUGCGAUCCAGAAGACUCUCUGGGCAGAAGAUCCUGUCAGACCGUUUUAGAGGAAAUUCUAGACGGGGUGACCAGAUCGAUCAGUCCCAUCCUGCCCCAUCUGGCUGAAGAGGUGUACCUCCACGCGCCGGGACAUGACGAAGGCGAGACGUUAUUUAGGAGUGGCUGGAUCAAAAGCAGCUCGGUGUGGCGAAGGCCAGGACUGGAGGAGGCAGUGGAGGGGGCCUGUGCCAUCAGAGACUCCUUCCUUUCUUCCAUUCCGGGGAAAAACGCCGCUCAGUACGACCUGACCAUCGCCAUCGAGCCCGGGUUGCUGUUUGAGCUCAUGGAGUCUCUCCAAGAGGAAGCCUCCUCCACCUCCUCCCAGCUGGCUGAGCUGAUGACAGUCGCGCGUGUCACCCUGACCUGCGCGCUGCCCCGUGACCUGCCCCCCGAUGCCCUGCUGAGCCACGGCACCUUCCUCAUCAACCUGGAGGGUGGCGUCAUACGAGAGGACAGCGCCUACAGCAUAGCCGCAGUGCCCACGGCGGCCGCCCGGUGCCCGCGCUGCCGCCGCUACACGGCCGAGUCGGCAGACUGCCUGUGCCCGCGCUGCCAGCCCAUCGUAUCACAGGCCCACUGACAUCCAUGCCGCCCGUCACCGUGACAACCGGCAUCUGCCUAAAAGCCGAUCCAAAGCAUCCCGUCUAAAUGGGCCUCACAGCCAACGCACUUGUCAGAAGUGUCAUUCCUGUGGAUGAACAACAAUCUGAUAUAGCUGUAUGUUCAAUAAGGAAUCCUAUUCUUCUCUUCUUUGAGGGUUGCCAUUCACGUGGCUUAUUGGUGGUUUAAUUUGAAUGUGUAAAUACAUGGGAAAGGAAUUGAUUACUCUGGGUGUCACCAUGUGACCGCAGUAGAGAAUCUCUUCUGGGUAAGUCCUUGUACGCUGACCUGUAUACAGCCUGUUCCUAAUCAACGUUCUCAUGAAGUGUACGAAAAAAAAAUCUCUAAAUUAAAAAUAAAUGAAAUACUAUGAUUUUCUUUUUACUUCUUUUUAGAAGAUGUAUUUUGCAUACUUUAUUAUGAACUAUGUUGUUGCCAGAUUUUAUUCAAAACACUGUUCAA